CUUGUAACACGCAGUUCUCGAAUAGAACGUAAUCGUAUUCCGUUCAAAUAAAAAUCAACCUGAAAGCAACAACGAGCAAAUUUUUCUUCCACCUUCUCUUGCAAAUUUAAACGUUAUUACUUGUAAUGAUACUACGAUAGUCAUUUAGAUAUCAGUGUACAUCGAAGCAAUUUGCAAAGUUUGUGCGGACGUUAACUUCGUUGCAACAAAAGACGGUCAGGGUUGAUAUCUUGGUGAACAGCAGCGAGUGAUUUCUGUCUUGCAAUCGAAACUUUGUAACUUCGAAAGUUAGUGACUAGUGAACAAGCUGAGUGUUGAAUAGACAUUUUGGCGGGUUUUAAGUACAUAUAUCGAAGCUGCAACAAGUAAACCCGGCGAAAAUGAAGAAGACGAAAAAUCUUCAAUUACUUGCGACGUUUCUUCUAUUGGUGUUUUUCGUAUCACCAUCGUCUACUUGGGCUCUUACGACAUUCGGCAAACCCAGCCCAACGCAGAACCAAAAUUCUCCACCACCGCCUACACCAGUCGGGAAAGCUCGAGAAUGUAAAUUGGAGUCUGAUUGCGCUGGAAUCCAAAAUACAACAUGUAUGUCGGAUCAUCGUGACGGAAGAACACGUUGUCUUUGUGGAGACUAUUCCGCUCCUCUUAAUGGCGCGUGUACCAAUAAAUUCAAAGCGUUACAUACUUCAUGUAAUGAUGAUUCUGAAUGCAUUGAGGGUGCACAUUGCGUACAACGGAACAAUACCAUGUCCGGAAAACGUUGCUAUUGCCAAGAAGGAUAUAACGAAGAGGGUGUAUUAUUUUGCAAUGGUAGCUCAUCCGUCCUUAUAUUUCACACAACACUUCUGUUACUUACAUUGAGUAUUAUGAAACAAAACUUCUGUUAAUUUGAAUAUUGCAAGACGAACCUUAUAAAUUCUUCAAAA